AUGAUGGUGUCCUUCCUCCCCAUCUGCCUCCACGCAGCUCUUGCUCUUGCAGCUUCCACUUCACCAGCCAACACAUCAAGUGCUCUGAACAACUGUCUCGCCUCCAAGAAAGUUCCCUACAUCCGCCCCAACUCAGCCCAAUGGACCCAAGAAGUCAGACCUUACAAUCUUCGUCUGGCCUACACUCCGGCUGCAAUUGCCCUUCCUACCACUGUUGAUCAUGUCCAAGAUGCUGUCAAGUGCGGUAAUCAGUACCAGGUGCGAGUCAGCGCCAAAGGAGGCGGCCAUAGCUAUGGUUCCUUCGGCUAUGGAGGCGAGAAUGGCCACCUAGUUAUCGUGAUGGAUUCCAUGGACCAGGUUACGUUGAACAAGUACAUGAGUUGUAACAUCCAGGCUGGUGCUCGGCUUGGACAUGUUGCUUCGGAGUUGUAUAAGCUUGGUCAGAGAGCUAUUCCCCACGGAAGCUGCCCAGGAGGUAGUGUUGGCAUUGCAGGUCAUGCCCUUCAUGGAGGCUAUGGCUUCGCCUCACGAACCUACGGUCUCACACUGGACACUUUCAUCGGCGCAACCGUGAUUCUCGCCAAUGGAACACGAACAUACGCUGCAGAUGGUGAAGGCGGCGAUAACCAACUCAUGUGGGCUCUCCGCGGUGCGGGAUCUUCUUACGGAAUCGUUGUUGAGCUCGACUUCCAAACGAUCAAAGCACCUGAUACAGUCACGCCGUUCAGUAUUGAACUCGACUGGAAUGAGAACCAAGCUGUCGAGGGACUGAUUGCAUUCCAGAAAUUUGGUGUGAACGCACCGAAGCAGUUGAACAUGCAGAUUUACUUCGGGCCAUCAGGACAGACCAUUCAGGGUGUUUACUACGGUACUAGGGCGGCUUUGAAUAACGCGCUUAAGCCUCUCCUGGGAGAUAUUAAAGCACAAAUUUCAGCUUCGAGCACUGGAGGCUGGAUUGAGGGAUUGGAGGCCUAUGCGAACGGCCAGACUCUCGAUCAGAGACGUCCCUACGACCAGCACAGCACAUUCUACAGCACAAGUCUCAUGACCAAAGCCCUUACCCGAUCACAAGUCAAGUCGUUCGUAAGAACACUCUUCGACAACAUCAAUGACCGCGACGCCCGGCACACAUGGUACAUCCUCUUGGAUCUCUUCGGCGGUCCCAACUCAGCUAUCACAACCGCCGGUUCCACCAACAGCGCAUUCCCCCAUCGUGACAAACUUCUGCUGUUCCAGUUCUCUGACCACGGAAACUAUGCUAAGUAUGCAAACAACGGCUUCACACUGCUCAAGAGAUUCAGAGAGAGUAUCACCAAGACUAUGGAUGACUCAGACUGGGGCAUGUAUGCGAACUACUUGGAUACUCAAUUGGAGAACAUGGAUGCCGUUGAGCAGUACUAUGAACUGAACUUGGGAAGAUUGAGGGAGCUCAAGAGAACGGGAUUCGACCUGCAACGAGAGGCUGAGAAGACCACGGGGGUGUAG